AGCCUGUCUCUGCCAGCACAAGUUUAUUGUCUGCUCUAAGCUACCAGACCCUGCUAGGAGCUCCAGGCCAGGCUGGGCCCCAUCUCCUUGGAGUAGCUCCUUCAGACUAGCCUAGGAAGCACUGAACUCCAGUGGUCAAGGGAGCCAUGGAGGAGAGAGCUGCUCAGCGGGAACAGGAGAGACCCAGUGUUCGUCUGGAAAAGCUACAGCACUGGGCAAGGCACAGGCAGAGUGGGCACCUCUUGGUGCUGGCGGUGAGCCAGCUAUGGCUGGCUGUGGCUGUGAUGCCCUUUGCUGUCUCUGUUGCCUGCCUGAAUUCUGCUUGUCACAUGGCCACGGCGCUGCCACUUGUGCCUGGAGCUUUGGGUCUCCUCACUGGGAUGGUUACCCUUGAGCUGCGCAGAUCACCUCGCCUCUGGAAGGUGCAGGCCAUGAUGAUACUCAACAUCUUCAAUCUGAUCUUGGGCUUCAUCGUGGUGGUGGUCGAGGUGAUGAAGACAGCCUUGGGGCCUGCCCCAACUGCCCCCUCCCAGCUGGCUGGCUUGCUGGUGGUGGAGCUCAGCGCUGAGACCUUCACCUUAGGGGGAGUGCUCCUCUCAGCACACUCCCUAUUUCUGCUGAGCCAGAGGAAGCCAGGAUAUUGCCGGACCCAGAGUCUGCACUACCAGGAGCUGCAGGAGGGUCUCUCUGAGUUGGAGGAAGUUGCUGAUUUGGAGAAUGGCCCCACGGUGGCUAGCACAGCAAAUGGAACAAAUGAAACUCAGAAGCUAGAUGGAAUCAGUCCUCUGAGACCUACAUGAAGUCCAGUGGAGGCCUUCAAUUUCACUCGGACUCGGCCCCUUUCUCUUCCCUUCCUCGCUAGGAGAAGCUAUACCUAAACCAGAGUAUUCCCUCACCUCACUAGCCUGAAAAACUGCCCGCCUGCAGGACAUCCUUAAGCCAACUUUCAGCUGUACCCACUUCUCCCUUCCAUCCUUCCCCUCCUUACCCAUAGCCUCCCCAUACAGCUUCGCAUCUGUCUCAUCUCACUUAUUUCUCUUCUUUCCACAUUUCACAAUCCCAUACUCCAAGCCCGGGUUCCCGUAUGCGCCCACUCUUGGAAGUCAAUCCACGGGGGCUUUAGUUUUCUCUUUCGAUCCCGGUCCCUUCGACUCUAACAAAGACUACGAGUCCCAGGAUGCCCCUCUGCCCCCUGGCCUGAUGGGAAAUAAAGAGCCUUCCCUCCGGGAUGGGGGCGCUGUGCAUC